CCCCUGAGAGGAAGCUCGAAUGGCGAACACAAAAGAAGUGGAGCUCUUGGGGUUCUGGGUCAGCCCCUUCGUGCUGAGGGUCGAGUGGGCGCUGAAGCUCAAGGGCAUAGCCUACGACUACAUCGAGGAGGACAUCUUCAACAAGAGCCCUCUGCUUCAGCGGCUCAACCCUGUUCACCAGAAAGUCCCUGUCCUCGUCCAUGGCGGCAGAGCGGUCUCCGAGUCGUUCCUCAUCCUCGAGUACAUCGACGAGACGUGGAAGCAUAGCCCUCUACUCCCUCGCGAUCCUUAUGACAGAGCCAUGGCUCGGUUCUGGGCUUCAGUCGCCGAAGGCAAGCUUUUAGAGAAUGCUUGGAUUGCUAUGUGCUCUGAGGGAGAAGAAAAGGAAAGAGCCACAGAAUUAGCCACUGAAGUUUUGGCACACAUUGAGGGACUGAUCAAGGGCAAGGCCUUCUUUGGUGGUGAAGGAAUUGGGUACUUGGACCUUGCGAUCGGUUGGGUCUCUCACUGGCUGCCCGUUUGGGACGAGCUGGGUUCGAUGAAGAUCCUCGACCCGGCAAAGUUCCCGGCCACCGCAGAGUGGUCCGGCAGGUUCGUCGAGCACCCCUUGAUCAAGGAAAACUUGCCGCCGAGGGACAAGAUGGUGGUCUAUUUCCGCGACAGGCGGCGCAGCUGGAUGAUGGCUUCCAAGAGUCAUGCCUAAGCCAAGAUUGAAAAAGGUUCUGUUCUUGUUCAUAUGGAAUAAAGUGAUGCUGAACGUUCCGCAGAUAAUAGUAAUGUGUUGGAUGGAGCCAAACAUCUAUAUGUAUACAUGGAAAUGGAAUGGGCUGAGUAGUUU